AUGGUUGAGCUAAUUUUGGACUCAGCCAUAAGGUUCUGGGUCUUUCUUCCCAUCGUCGUCAUUACUUUCUUUUAUGGAGUAAUUCGUCACUAUCUUACGGUCUUGAUGGUCUCCAAUAAAAAGCCUGAUCUCCAAGCCGUGUCUGAUAGUCAUGCUCUAAUGCGAAGUCGGCUUCUUAGAGAAAAUGGGAACUAUAUCACUCGCAAUGUAUCUCGUUUCUUUUUGGGUGAGGUUGGGUUUUUCAAAACUCAAAAACGGGAAAAUUCUGUCAAAAACCCAAUGGCAGAUCCUUCGAUGCUUAGUGAUAUGAUGAAGGGUAACAUGUUGAACGUCGUGCCAAUGUUGGUAAUUGGUGGAUGGAUAAAUUGGGCAUUUUCUGGGUUUCUCACGACCAAAGUUCCCUUUCCUCUGACCUAUCGCUUUAAGCCAAUGCUGCAGCGCGGCUGCGAAACUCUUGUGUCACUAGAUGCCUCUUGGGUGAGCUCAGCCUCGUGGUAUUUCUUGAAUAUAUUCGGACUUCGAAGCCUACAUGAAUUGGUUCUAGGAUCUGACAGCGCCGUAGCUCAGCCUCUCUUUAUUCAGGAACAGAUGAUGUCCAGUCAUCAACAGCCGCCGGAUAUCCAAAAAGCCUUCAAAGCAGAAUGGGAAGCUCUUGAAGUCGUACACCACAAAUGGGCCCUCUGUGGUUGUGAGACUCGUCUUCUCUAA